AUGGAACACCACAGUGGAGAACGUCCUUUCAAGUCAUUGAAGGACAAACAUGACGCAGGGGGAUACAGUCCUCCAUCUCCAGCCCAGCUAUCUAAAUCACGAUAUCUGUAUCUCGCGUUUGAAGCAUUGCCAUGGGUAAUGAGCCUGCUUGCAACAGCCGUGGAACUGCACUUCUCCCUUCCCAGAAAGACUCGCUUUCAAUUAUUCAUGGACACUGCCAUCAUAACGAAUUGCAUCAUCAGCCUUCUCCUCAUCAAAAUCUUCAACCAUGUCCCGCUCUACACUUGGACACUCAUUCGAGGGCACCCAUGCACGAGCAUCGAGCGUGUUGCUGUGUGGUUCUGCAACGCAACUUUCUGUGGCCUUCUAUUGAUCAGUCAAAUUACUGGCAUAUUCUAUCAAUGCGAACGUCCUGUUGGUGGAAAGUUCAUGAGCUUCAUGCUUUUCCAACUCAUAGCCCUGAUCGUCUUUUGGGAGGCCAGAGUAUGGGGAAUCAAGUUCUGGGCGAUGUGGAAGUCUACCACUGCAGAGCCUAGACACACGAUCGCGACCAUGAUAUUCACGGGGUUUUUGGCUGUCUCAUUCACACCCUGGGAGAUGUCUGAGUUGUGA